GCGCUGCAGCCUGCCCUGGUAACUUCCUUCUUUAAGGAACACGUCAUGUUCUGAUCUCUCAGUCUGUGCCACGCUCGCUACUUCGGUUCUGCUGGAAGGAAAACAGUCACGGCUGUAACUUGCUCCAAGAUGACCAUGAUGCCGCGUGUGUGUGUGCUGCUGGUGGUUCUCGCGCUGACUGCCGGAGAGGAGGGCGCACGGCUUCUAGCCUCCAAGUCCCUGCUGAACCGCUACGCUGUGGAGGGCCGAGACCUCACCCUGCAGUACAACAUCUACAAUGUGGGCUCCAGUGCUGCCCUGGAGGUGGAACUUUCUGAUGAUUCCUUUCCUCCUGAAGACUUUGGAAUUGUGUCGGGAAUGUUGAAUGUUAAAUGGGACAGAAUAGCACCAGCUAGCAACGUGUCUCAUACGGUGGUGUUGCGCCCCCUAAAGGCAGGGUACUUUAACUUCACCUCAGCUUCUGUCAGCUACGUAGCCCAGGAAGGAGGACAGGUUGUGGUGGGUUACACCAGUGCCCCUGGCCAGGGGGGCAUCUUGGCCCAGAGGGAAUUUGAUCGGCGUUUCUCUCCUCACUAUCUGGACUGGGCUGCCUUUGGUGUGAUGACUCUGCCUUCUAUCGGAAUCCCUCUACUCCUCUGGUACUCCAGUAAGAGGAAAUAUGACUCGCCAAAAGCCAAGAAGAACUGAGGACCAGUUACUGGUUUUGAGGGAUGGGGUGUGGGGACUGAGCCCGUACCUAAACUAAAAGUGGAAAUGGACAGUACCAAUGAAAAUAACAGCAGUACAUCAGAAAGAGAAACCUAGGAAGUAAAGGGGGGAAUGGAAAUGAACAUAUUUCCAAAAGACAGCACAUCUGUGUUUGCUACUUUUCCAGCUAUGUAAAAUCGUGUAAUUGUCGAUUUUUGUAAUCUGAAUUUAAUGUAAAAAAAAAUUCCAGAAUGUUCAAUUACAGAUAUUUGUUUUUUCUUCUAAUGGUGCCUGCUUGUUUCUGCUCAUCAGCCUCAAACUAAGAAUCAGUUCCAAAGUGGUUUGGCCAUCAUAAUGUUCAGAUGGUUUUGAGUUGUUGGCUUACUUUGUCCAGGAUUAAGCAGUAUAAAAAGCUCUUUAUUGAGCAAACGUUCUUUUAUUUGGAAUUGCCAUUUGUAAUAUUUUUAACCAGAAUGUUGAGUUUGGUUUACUACAUUGGGGCAGAUUUACUGCACUAAUGAGAGGAUCUUCAAAAAUGUCCCCAGGACAAGAUGAGGUUUUCAGUUUUAUCAGCAUUCUACUGUUAUCUUCAUUAUGAACAACACUAGGUAAAUACAAUCUGAUGUGAAAUUUCUUUUUCUAAAGUUUUGGAAAAGAAGGAAAACUGAAUUUACAACAUAUGUUCAAGAUCUUCAUGAUAUCACCACCAUGCAAGGGAGGAAAAAUGUUUAUGGAUACAGAAUGACAUGUUUAAAGCAUUCACAUUUAGUUUUCACUCUUGCUGGUUAUUCUCAUACUUUCUUGAUUUGGACUGAAAUUAACUGAAGGGUUGUAGAUAAACAAGCAUGUAAAAUACUAUUCCUUGCAGUGCAGGAACACAAACAUGAACACUGCAAACCAAAACUCUGCAGUCAUCUUUUCAAAUAUAAUAAAGCAGCACAACAAAAAAUGUUGCUGCAUAAAUAUAGCUGAGUUGAUUAACAACAAAUUUGUCUGUGUGGCUGGUUGACCUUUCAUGACCUCUGUAAACAUUAAUAUCUUAAACUGAUAUUAAACUAAAAGUUUUCCUCCACAAAUGUUUGACUCCAAUUUUGUUAGAUUUGAUGAAGGUGGGGAGACCAACUGCACUAAGGUGUUUCUGUGGCAUUGAUUGGGAUAGACAGCUGGUAAA